GGUCACAAGAAGAAGAAGAAGAUCUCAUCGGUCAGUGUUUACAUGCGGCCGGGAGUCGCAGGCUGUGGCGGUAGAGUGGUGUCGAUUACUCGUUUGAAAUAAGUAUCCCAGUGCCAAUAUACCACAAUCUCCCGGCCCUCAAGACAAGAAGAAUAAGUUUAUUGAAGAGACAAUACAUCAGUUUUGGUUAGUAAGAGAAAAGGAAAGAGAAAGAAACGAGAGCUAGACAGUUACGUGAGGGAGCGCCGUUUCAAAACUCGACCACGGAACACGCCUGUAUUUAUAUGUUAAGGUAACAGACAGAACAAUACAUCAGUUGUGGCUAGUAAGAGAAGAGAAAAGCAAAGAGGAGAAAACGAGAAGGGAUAGCUGAAGAGGCGCCGCGUUUCAAAAGAGACACUUCCAGGGGCUUUACUUCUCUGUUCCCCUUCCUUACCAAGGCGUGGAAGAUGAUCAACCUGGACCACCUGCCGCCGCCGCCACCCCUUGGGCAGGUCACGGCCUAUGAGAAUGACGGCCGCCUUUGUGCUUUUGGGAAAACUGAGGCGCUGCUGGCUGCCAAAAAACUGCUGGGAGAGGACCGCUACAUUCAGGUCAUGGUGGGACAGGAGCCAGUGAGGAGUGCCCACAGCAAGCAAGAGGCGCGGGAUGCCUUCUACGCCCACACUGAGACGCCCUGGCAGCGAAUCAUGUUUGCAUACUACGAGGAGGGAUGGGAGGCGGCACUGCAGGAGGCCAUGCGGUGUGAGGGUGACAGCAGGCUGCAACGUACGGUCUCCCUGACGGCCUCGGUGGCAGUCAAGAUCAGUAGUUUUCCUCAAGCGGCUCCACUCCCUGCUGCCGUCGCCUGUCAGGGUGCCUGGACACUCCGCUGUGCCUCUGGCUUUGCGUGGCAGCAGCGGCAGCAUCAUGAGUGUGAGCUGGCACCCACACACCACCACGCUGGCUGCCGUGGUGUGUGACGACACCGUGCGCAUCUUUUUGGCGGGGCACAGUGUGGCGCCUUUCCUCAAGCACCGUCACCAGAAGGGAGUGACACAGACAGCUUGGAUGCCCUUGUCGGCGGGUGUGCUGGCCAUCGGGUGUGAGAGCGGGGUACAGUUGUGGGUGCUGGAUCCCAAUAGUGUGGUAGGGCGGCCCUCUGGUUCCUGCGCCACCCUGCUCACCCACCCUGCCGUCACUCCUGUCACCUCUCUCUCCUGGCAUCCCAAGGGGAACCUCCUUGCCUGCGUCGGUGGAGGAGGGACCCGCCUGGUGGUGUGGGACGUGUGGCGGGAGGUGGCGGUGGUGGUGCACGGGGGGACAGGAGGAUCAGCCACCCAGGUGUUGUGGUCCCCAGAUGGCUCAAGGCUCCUGGUGACUUAUGCUGGCAAGAUUAUGAGGGUUUUCGAGACACAUAACUGGAAAUAUGAACAGUGGAGCCUGGAGUCGCCUGUCCAGUCAGCCGUGUGGUCAAGUCGAGGCCACGUGCUGCUGUUCGUGACCCAGGGCGACCCACUGCUGUACCACCUGACCUUUGCACCUGGGGAGGGGGUCGGUGGGUCACAGGUGGCCUCCCAGGUAGCAGAUUUGACCCAAGUUUUCAUCUCAACCCAAGAUGGAGAGGAAAUGAGUGUGGGAGGAGCUGUGAGGCAGUUGGUGUGGGACCCGAGGAGUGAGAGACUGGCUGUGGUGUUCCGGGAUACAGAGUGUGUGGCACUUUUCCACACUCACUCUCACCCGACUCUGCAUCUGGCGCCUGGAGGCUUCAUCAGAGGGGAGCCGUGCCAAGUGCCAGUGAGUGCCACCUUCCAGCAGAAUCUCUCCAGUGGUGCUGUUCUGUCUGUGGUGUGGAGCAGUGGACAGGUGAGCCACAUACCAAUGCGUUACUCCUCUUGUGAUGGCCCAAGCACAGCCACCCCACUGCACCACCACCACCACCACCACCACACCUCCCCGCUCACCUCCCUGCCUCACUCUGGGUUCUUCUCUGAGGUCACCCUGUCUCCCGCCACUUCCCCCAUCACUGCCAGAAUGUUCGCCUCCCCUUCCUGAAUAGAUAGAUAAGUAGAUGAUUAGCUAGAUAGAGGUAAAUAUGCUGUGAUAGUUGAUUGGAAAGGUAGAUGAAUAGAUAGAUAUGUAGUGAAAUAGUAAUUAAGGAGGAUAGGGUUAUUAUAGAUAGAUAGGCAGGUAGAGUCAGAUUUGAAUGAAGAUGCUGUGAUAGAUAGAUAGAUAGAAAGGUAUAUAGAGAAAUUUAUAGAUUGAUGGAUAAAUAGAAAGUGUUAGGGAGAUUAAUAGAUAGAUAAAUGGGUAGAUAGAUAGUCAUGGGCAUAAAUGAAGGUGCUGUAAUAGAUAGGAAGGUCUACAGUAAAAUAGCGUGAUAGAUAAGUUACUGAAUAGAUAGAUAGAUUAUGGUAAAACAAUGGUGUAUACAAGUAGAUUGGUGGAUAAUGAAAUGAAAAGGAGAAUAGGAAGGUAAAUAGAUAAAUAGUUAUGGCAAAAGAUGUGAAGAAAGAAAGAAAUUAUAAGAUUGAUAAAGACUGAGACAAAUAGAUAAGUAAGUGACUGCUCAAAAAAAAAAAAAAUUAGAUAAAAUUAGUAACCAAAUGGAUGAAAAUACUGAUGGAUUGAUAGUCAAGAAAAUUAGCUAAGAAAAUGUAAGAGACUGGAGAGAAAUUGCUUAACUUUUUCUAAACAACCUUACAGUACAUUUUCUCAAGAACCUCGUCCAUUACUUUCUUCCCUAUACCUCUGUUUUUCUAUAUAUAAGGCGAGAAAAAUAAAGAAAAGAUUGUA